AUGGCGACUAAGGAGGAUAUUGAAAGGAAGUAUGAUAUACGUUGUGAUUUUAUAAGUGAAGGCGAUUCUGUACUUAUUAGAUUACCCUCUUUACAAGAAAAGGUUAUUAAAUUAUCAAAGAAUGGUACAGCCAACUUUGGUAAAUUUGGUAAAGUUGCAUUCUCUGAACUCGUAGGAAAGCCAUACGGCUUGAGCUAUGAAAUUAUAGAGAAGGAUGGCAAGUCUACAUUGAAGAGAAUGUCACAUAAAGCGGUAGACGAUAUUGAGGAUUUCGAAGCUACAAAUCAAUUCAUCGAAGAUGAUACAACGGCUAUCACUUUACUAGGGGAAGCUGAGAUCGAUGCACUCAAGAAGGGUGGCGUUGAAGGACGCCAAAUUAUUGAGCAACAGAUCGCAGCUCACGGUCAAUUCGAUUUGAAGACAGCCUAUAGUAAGGAGAAAUACCUCAAAAAGAAGGAAGCAAAAUUCCUCAAGUUUAUCACGCCUAUCGCACCUACUACAUUCAACGUUUGCGAAUAUCAUUUCAACAAAAAUCCAAGCAGGAUACGUGAUUUGAGGGUAGACACAUUGUCACAAAUGCUUACACUUGGAAACAUUCAACAAGGUGGCAGAUAUUUAGUUGUUGAAGAGACAUCUGGUUUGCUUACUGCUGCUAUUUUGGAGAGACUUGGAGGUGAAGGAAGUGUUUUGCUGAUACACGAUGCUGAUUCACCACCAAAUCUCGACAUAUUGGAGUCCAUGAACUUGCCGGAAGAGAGCAUAAGACAGUCUGUAAGGCAUUUAAAUUGGGUGACAAUAGAAGAGGAUUUCGUAAAUCCACCCCUCAAAUUAGAGGCUAAAGAAGGUGGUGAAAAUUGGAAAUCUCAUCAUGAACGCGACAAGAUUUUAAAGCGUAAAGAGCAAUUAACAGCCCUUGAAAACCUUCGUAAGGAUUUUUUUGAUGGCGACUUUGACGGAUUGAUAUGUGCAUCACAAUACGAGCCCUAUGGUAUAGUAGACAAGCUACACAGUCGUCUGAGCGGUUCAGCACCUGUGGUACUUCAUCAUCCACACUUGGCUGUUCUCACAGAGGCACAUAUGAAACUACGUAAUAGUAGAAACUUUUUGUCGCCCGUUGUGUCAGAAAGUUGGUUGAGGCAGUACCAGGUAUUACCCGGAAGAACGCAUCCAAAUAUGCAGAUGUCUGCAACAGGUGGAUACCUUCUACACACUUUGAGAGUUUUUGAUGAUCCAUUGGCUCACUCAGUGAAAGCUGUUAAGCGACGCAAAACAUCGGAUCGGAAUUAAUAUGAUUUUCAAUCAUCGUAUAAUUCAUGUCCGUGCGACAUGGCAUAUGAGAGGCAUCACAAAAAAUACUCCCUUGAAAGGAGAGGAGUAAAU